AUGGCCCAUGGCUUCAUCUAUAGCGGGAGAAAUACCGUCAAUGGCUCAAAGGUACAGUCGACUCUUGGCAAAGGAUCCUGGGUGCCAACCGUGAACACAUUUGUAGAAAAACUAGGACCCUUCGGAUUUAACGCCUUUUGCAUGCUCAUUGUAGAUUUCAUGCACGAAUGCGAACUAGGUACAUGGAAAGCACUAUUUACACACCUCAUCCGUCUGCUUUAUGCCCUUCCUGGCGGUGACCGGCUGGUCGCAACUCUUGACAAUAGAUUUCGCCACAUCCCUUCAUAUGGUCAUGGGGUUAUUCACAAAUUUGCAAACAACACCUCCGAAAUGAAAAGGCUUGCAGCACGGGACUUCGAGGACAUUUUGCAGUGUGCUAUGCCGGUCUUCGAAGGACUUUUCCCAGAAGACCAUGACGCGCUCAUACAAACACUUCUGUACAGAUUUGCCCAAUGGCACGCCCUCGCCAAACUAAGGCUACAUUCCAAGACCACAUUAAAAGUUUUAGAUCAGACGUUCAAGAGGCUUUCCUGUCAGCUAUGGAAAUUCUGCGAUCUCACAUGUGCCGCCUUCACCACAGUAGAAUUACCAAAAGAAAGGGCUGCUCGUGAGUGCAAGGCUGCCCACGGAUGCUCAGGUGCCGACAACGCAGAUGCUGGGAGUGGUUGCCGAAAGGGUAAGAAAUUUAACAUGAACACUUACAAGUUUCACACUAUGGGAGAUUAUCUACACUCAAUCAAGCUCUUCAGGACCACAGACUCUUUUACGUCGCAAAUCGGGAAGUUGGCUCAUAGAGCCCUUAAAGCAUUCUAUCCGUUGAUCAGCAAACUCGACACACCAGCUCAACUUGCUAAGCAUGAAGGUCGUUGUCGAGUCCUUCGGCGAGUGGCAGGACAUAAUUUGCACUCUACAAAACAGCCACUGGUUGAAUUGCCUGUCGGUUUGAAGGAUCACCAUUAUAUACCAACACUUUGCCACAAUAACCCAUUGGAUCUGUUCAGUUUUCUUCAAGAUCAUGAUAAUGAUCCAGCUGUGGCAGAGUUCAUACCCAAACUCAAAGACCAUAUAUUAUAUCGUCUUCGAAGCUUACAUGUCAGCUAUUGUGACCAUACUUUCACAGAUGCCGAGUGCAAUUCGGUCAUAAUCUCGAAUAACAGGCUCUACUCCAUCCAAACAAUGCAGAUUCGUUAUAUGACUUACGACCUUCGGUGCGAGUAUGAUACAAUCAAUCCUCGGACGUACACCAACAUCAUGGUCUUAUCUGGGGAGACAAGGCCCUGA